UUAGAUUUUGGGGGAAGUUGGGACGACCAAUUGCCACUGGUCGAAUUUUCUUAUAAUAACAGUUACCAUAGUGGUAUUCAAAUGGCACCUUACGAACUACUAUACGGGAGAAAAUGUAGGACUCCCGUAUGUUGGGGCGAAGUAGGACAAAGAGAGCUUGCACCAAGUGAUUUAAUAGCAGUAACGAAUGAAAAGAUUGAAAUGGUUAGAACAAAGUUGAAAGCAGCCCAAGAUCGGCAAAAAGCUUAUGCAGACAAGAGAAGGCGUCCUAUUGAAUUCCAAGUCGGAGAUUUUGUCUUGCUAAAAGUGUCCCCAUGGAAGGGUAUAAUCCGUUUUCGCAAACGGGGUAAGUUAGGUCCCCGUUACAUCGGACCGUUUAAAAUCUUAGCUCGGGUUGGAAGGGUUGCGUAUCGAUUAGAAUUACCGCCUGCUCUAGAGGGGAUUCACAAUACCUUCCACGUGUCGCAAUUGAGGAAAUGUCUUGCGGAUGACACAACAUUAGUACCUCUCGAUGACAUUGAGUUGGACGAGGGGUUAAACUAUGUUGAAAGACCCAUAGCCAUUAAAGACUUCAAAGUGAAGAAUCUCCGCAACAAAGCUGUUAAACAGGUGUUGGUGCAAUGGCGGCACCGGAAAGGUUCGGAUCUUACGUGGGAAGCAGAAGACGAAAUGAGGAAACACUAUCCUUUUCUCUUCGGCGUGAAGGAAGAAAGCUCGAACACUAGUAAAGCGGGAGGUGUACAAGAUCGAGGUAAAACUCCGCUAUAGGCCAUUUGGGGAUAUGGAGCGAGCACAUGAUCAAGCCUUAUUAUACCAAGCGCUUCCGCUAGUUUUUGUACAUGCUUUGGGUCCAUGUUUUGUUACUUUGGUUAAUCUUGUUAGAAGUCUUACACUUGAAAACUUGUUGUUUUGUUUGGGUAGUUUAAAGCUAGUAGGGUCGUAGGUGAAUAUUGUCAAUUAUGUCAAAACAGGGGGCAUGUCCGUUUUACAGACGGGUCAUGCCCAAAUUUUGUAAAAAAAUAUU